UUGACAGAUAGAUGCAGAACCUGUUAUUUUCGUUUCAUUCAUUUGAAGACUUGAAAAUAGUCAAUAAUGCGGUGUGCCGUAUUAAAACUAAACUAAAUUUCUGAUAAAAAUUGAUGAAAAAUGUAGUGUUUUGUGAUUUUUCUGUGUAGUUUAAUUGUAUCCUUUCGUUAGGGAAUAAUACUAGAUAUCGAUAGUUAGUUUAUUGGAUUUGAAACUAAUAAUAAUAAGACAUUUAUUUAUGAAUAAAAAUAAUGUAAAAAACGAUAUGGAUUCUGGACUGGGAAGUGACGAGGACCGAAAGGGCCGUACGAAAGAGCAAAAACAGUUGCACAAUCAGCAGUUGCUCAGUGGUUGUUUUAUUGAUGCGUCUAGUCUUUCCGACGAUGCCGAAGUUCUUGAUCAAAGAAGAACUGAUGAACGGCGCCAAGGGGCGCUCAUCUUUCAAAAUUCCAUCCCAAACUUUUCCAUGCUCCAAAUGCCCAACUCCACUGAAGAGAGGGAUUUUGAUUGUGCUUCGGGUAACAUGUCAAACUUCCCUGAAACAAGCACCCCUUACAAUUCCAUAAUUCAGUUGGAUCUGGAGGAGCAGGAGGCUGCAAGGAAAAGCCCCCUUGGUUUCUAUGUUGACUUGAAUGAUGUGGCUGAUGUACCUGAGACACCACCUGCUAAUUCUACAAAAAAGAAUAUUUUCUCAAUGGUUAUAGAUUUUGAGGCACCAAAGAAAGGAAAACCAACCACAUUAAGUUCUUCUUUUAGUGCUCACAAGAAAAAGUUAAAAAGCAAUGGUUUAGGCUCUGGAAGCCUUUCUUCGAGCUACAGCUCUAUUAAUUCCUAUUCUGUGGCAGGAACCAGCAGACAAAGUGAAGAACAGGAAAAAGAAACAGUUAAGGAACCCAUUAGUAUUAGCAUAUUAUCUGCAUCAUUGGUUAAAAAUUUAUCAUUAUCUUCAAAAUCGUCUAGUAGUAGUGAAAAUGUUGUGAUUGAAAAGAAUAAUGAGGACUCCUGUGAUGAAUUGUUGACUGAAAUUGAAAAUUUGGAAUGUGAUAAAAAUUCAACCAAAACAGAGGGUGACAAUAAUAGUGCAGCAUCUCUUAAAAGUCCAGAUAAUGAUAUUGUUCCAGUUCAAAUCGAGGAAAAACAUACUGUAGCACAAGCUGUUCAGUUCGUCAAGCUCUCCGACCUGGAAUGUCAAAAACCGCGCGUGGACCUCAACUUUACGCCUCGCAUGAGCCGGUCCAUCCCCGAGAGCCACUGGGUCGAGAGCCCUUUACUGAUGUCCCGUUCGGCCGGCUAUCGCAGCGCCCCCCAUCCGCUCGAACCCGAAAACGACGAACUGUCCGAUUCGGACACCAUUUCCAGCCUGGAAACGUCGCGGCCCAGAAAGGCGGUUAGAAGGCUGGGCACGGAUUUGCUGCGCAUGUUUUUGGAGGAGGUCGGGCCCGAUGUUGUGGUGGAAGUGGACGGGCACAAGUUGAAGGCGCAUAAGUGCAUAUUGGCGUCUAGGUGCCAGUAUUUUGCCGCACUAUUAAGCGGCAAUUGGUUGGAGAAGUCUGGGAAUGUUAUUUCGUUACAGGGCUUUUCCUAUGAAUCGGUCUACUUCUCCCUUUGCCACAUCUACAGUGGCGCCGCUCACGUUCCGGAUUCCAUAAGUUUGUUAGAGUUAGCAUCGUUAGCAGACAUGUUAGGCUUGGAAGGUUUAAAGGAAGUAGUCGAGCAUGCCCUCAAACAACGACACUGUCAUUCUUUCCACAAACCUUGCGCCGGUUGUUGCACCGGCGUCCUGGAAGUUCUACCGCUCUCUGCCGCGUACGGUUUGGACGAUUUGUACCAGAAAUGUUUGCAAUGGAUCACGCAGCAUUUCGUGAGGGUCUGGCCGAGCAGAGCUUUCGCCAGCUUGCCCAGGGAGUUGCGCGAAAAGUGUUAUCAGCAGCACGUCGUCCACAUGGCGCCCGACAGAGUGCUGGAGACGAUAAUGGCGUGCGAUAAAAUUUUGGCCACUCUGCCAACCAUGCGCUGGUCCGAGCCGAUUUCUCAACUGGUAUCGCAGCUGACGGACGCGUGCCAUUUGUAUCAUCGGCAGCAUUUUUCGGCCGUUUUGGGAUCCCCUUCGUUCUUGGCCAUGGAUACCGGGUUGGGUUUUAGCGUUUGUCAAGUCGAAGAUCAGAUGUUGUCGGCUGCCAAAAAUUUGGGCGUCGAGCAAGCUUGCAGAAGCUACUCCAGGUGUUGGAAGAUGCUGGACCAAAUUUGGAGCAGACCUUUCGCUGAUUUGCUGCAUAAAAUCAAACACCAGCUGGAGCAAUGUUUGGUCAGGCAGUCUGACAGACUUAUACGAAGUAAUGCUUGGUUAAGAUUGGAUACUGUCUUAAGAACUCGUAUAAAGGAAUUGACACCUGGCUUGGAACCGGCAAGUCGUUUACCGCGCUCCACCAUAUUAAACAAGAAAAAAACCGUAACAAACACCAAACAACCAAGCCCAAUCUUAAGCUCAUCGGACUCCUCUCGCAAUUCAAGUCCAGGCAUGAAUCAAAGGAUGCAGACCUCGGCAGGCAGCCCCUCGUUGAGAAGAAGCCUUCUUUUGGCGGCCAGUGCGCCUCAAGUGCCCCCCAGUCCAUCCACCCACCGCAGGAGUACUUUGACCCAACCGACGGCGGCAAGCGCCGCAAAGUCGGCUCCCUCCAAAAACGUAAAACCCGCCCCCAAAAACCCUCCCACCAAGACUUUCAACAGUAAACCCGCUCCCACCAAACCGACACCAGCAAGGAAACAAGUGACGAUAUCGAGAAAUUCCAGCACUAAUCGUAAAGAGUCGCCUUUGCUGACCACCAGAAAAGUCGACAGUCGGUGCAGCUCGCCGUUGAAAAACGACAGUCGCACCAGCUCCCCCAGGAAGUUUGACAGUAGAGUGACUUCUCCCGUCGUUUCCAACGUGAGGUCGCCUUCGCCCAUGAAGAAGAUGGGUACGCCAUCUCCGAGGAUAAAUACGAAGAUGCCCGAACCUAAGCCGGCUGCUUCCGCAGCUGCAGCAUCCGUUCCGGCUCCCUCUAUGCAACGCUCGGGUACGUUCCUUAAAGACGAGCCCACCGUUUUAGGUAAAGUUAUUUAAUUACAUUCCACCUCUAGUCCAAUCCUAGUCAGGAUAGAUUUAUUUUUGAUCUCGUUUUUUAUUUAAGUUUUUAUUACUGUGUAAUAUUUUAGCUCCGAUUGUGAUAGGGGUCAAUCCAUAUCAAAUUAACCAAUUUAAUUUGA